AUGACAUACGAGGGCGUAAGGGUCUUAAGAAUCGUCACACACGAGUCCUUCAAACCGACAUCUCAGUGUCUGGCAGCUGCUGAUAAAGAUCAUCGCUUAUCUGACCCUGCCGUUCGUGCACGCUAUGAAUCAGAGCUAGUGCGUGAGCUAAACGCGCCUCAACUUGAUAAUGUAGAUGAGCAGUGGGAUCAGAUUAGCCGAGCAAUGCAUUCCGCUGCGAAAGUUGCUUGUGAGUCUGAGCUUCAAGCCCGUUGGAGGCAUUGGAUAUCUCAGGAGUCAGCAGCCCUGAUGGAGAAGAAACGACCAAUCCCAACCCGUCAAAGAUCUACGUCGGCUCCCGAAGAGCCUCAAGAAGGACCGUGA